AUGAAUCGUGCCAUCCUGGCUUUCAUCAAAGCGAUUUCGCAGAAGACCCCGCUGCCAUCGCUCGGCGGGCGACUCCUGACGUCGAGUCUUUUGACUGCUGCUCUGGAUGAGAUCCGGCCUCUGUGUCCGUUUCCCGUGUGCCCGGCCAUGCUGGAUAUGGAAUAUUCUCCAUCCCUUCUAGAGCAAGAGAUCCAGAAAGUGGUUUCGAACGUUGGCGACCCUGCCCACGUCUCCUUCACAUUGGUUUUCGUUCGCUUGGACCCGUCGACCUUCACUUUGCACAAGAUCACCCCGACGCCGAAGUACAACAUGGCUGGCUACACGUACCUGUGGAAUCUUCGUGAGGUGUGGCAGCACCUCCAUCUCGCCACCAGCUUCCACAUGUGGCACAGCAAGCAGAUGAGGCUGGGGACCAUGGCUGAGCUUGAAUCCUCAUGGGGCAUUUCCAAGCAAAUCGUCCGAUCCGAGACGUACCGUGGGGACCAAGAAGUUCUCACGUGGCCUGGAGUCAGGAACGAUGUCUGCUCGACAUUAGGUCUCUUGCUCGUUCUGGGCCUUCAGGCACAGGUGCGGGGGAUGGCUUUGGAGGCUCAAAAGAGUUGUCUCGAUCUUCUCCGGAGAAUUCUUCGCAUUACUGGCCUGCCGGAGAGACUUGUCAUCCUUCCGGAGGUGCCUCUGAAGAUUGAAUCUGGGCAGGUGUUCCAGAAGUCUGCUUGCUUGGAAGCCUCCCGCCACAACUUUGAGGGCAUGGUGCCCGUGCCGGACGUGAUCUGGUUCUUCAUGCGACUUCCGUCGGAUGGGGAUGGUUUUGAGACUCUGCCGGUCUCCCGCAUCCAGAAAAGGAUGGUGCACAUUGUCAGUCAAGCCGUUGAGGAAACCUUCGCCGGUGGCAAGGUCUGUCUGAGACAGACACCGCCUAAGCAGGCAGACGAAGCUGGCUGCGAGACGCCGUGGACGGCCGGUACGAGAAGCAGCAACGCCAACCUUGCCCGUCAAGAACUUCUGAAGCGUUUUCUUCAGCGAGGUGCCGGUUUCGUCUCUGGACUGAACAAUGGCAAAAACGAGGAUUUGAAGUUGUCCGAGACGCCCGUGAUUGGUACGAAGGACAAGAAUGCUGGAUCGGUGGCUGCAAACCAGUGGGUUACCGCCUACUUUGCAUCCGCUGCAGAUGCCUUGCUCCGCCGUCUCGGCAAGCAGGAGUAUCGUCACAUAAGCAUUUUCGAGGACGGCUCCAAGAUUGCCACACACGAGGUCUUGAACAUCUUCGUCUCCUGCGACGGGCUUAUGGUGUGCUCGCCGCUGUCGUUGAUGCCGCAGCUGAAAUUUACAGCCGACACCACGCCUGAGCAAAACAUGCAGAAACUGGAUGCAUUGCAGUUGGAGGCCCCUUUGCAGGAACUGAAGCGAAAAGCUGGAUGUGCAUCCACGAAGGAAAAGCAGCUGUGCCCGACAGAGAAGAUCACCACCAGGAUGAAGCUGCUGGCUCUGAACCAUUCAUUGCAUACCUUCAUCAAGUUUCGUCUGAGCGACAGCAAGCCUGCUGUUCCUCUUCGCCCCGCUCGCAAUGAUGAGAUCAGAAAGUCUGUUAUGGUGAACGGUCGCCGGGAGUCCUUCCUCUGGUCUCCGAGCACGAAGCAAUCUUGCUGGCAAAGCACGAAUUAUGAAGGAUUCAACAAUCUUCUGCGACUCAACAUCCUCGCCGACGAGGGCGACGCCCAGGCACACUUUCAACUUGCCCUGGGCGGGUUGGCAUGCAUGGUGCACCGCGACCAAAGCCAUAAACUCCACCGUUGCGAAAUCCUCGCAUUUGAUGCAUGUCCGGAUCAUGCCCUUGCUCGAAAGCAUGCUCUUUUGGUUGCCAAGUUUGAUAAGGCCCCUUGGGCCACAUCCUCGUUUGGCAGACGCCUCAAAGAAGCAAGGGAGCGAGUUGACGAAUUGGAUUCCAACCACAUCCUCUUCGACGUCUGCUCGGCGGGCAUCAUUGCAGACCGCAACAUGCCUCCGGAUUCAAGCUUGGCUGAUGUCAAGCGGGAGCUGGUGCAGCUGGGAAAAUCCGGUGCCACCGGAUCCUGUCAUCGCUCCGGCAGAUGGGCGGACUUCCUAGACAGCUUUCAUGGCCUCAAGGGCGAGUGGCACAGCCGUCUGUUCUUCCACUUGUAUGCUCUCGCAUUGGAAGGAACCAGCUGUUUCCACUUCUUGGCUACUGCCUUGCAGAGCCAUGGCCAGGAAACUGACACGGCUUUGCUUCCAAAAGUGCUGAGAGCCACGUGGCUGCAAAGUGCGAGUGAUUUGCAUCUUCUGGGAGUGGGCCUCCUGAUGUUCUCUUGUUCAUUUCAGCUGUUCGGGUAUGUGUGUGCAGAAGAAUCACAAUAA